AUCUCUUAAUUUAUUCCCUUAAAUUUCUCCUCGUAUAUUAAUACGACUAAAAAAGUAACUGAUCAAUCUCUUAAACCCAAAGGCCAAAACCCUAGCGUCCCUUCUCUCUGUAUUACAGAGCUUCUCCUCUGUUUAACAUGGAGCCUAAUAACAAUAAUAACAACAUUAACAACCGUUUUCUUGGUUUUGUUAAUCCCAAUGAACCAGACAACAACAUGUAUCCUAUGAGUGUUCCGCUUGCCUUGCCUGAAAGCUUGUUGGAUGAUUUUACUCGUAUGAAUCUGAAUCUUUCUCCCUAUCCUCCUCACCAAUCCCAAGACAACCAUGUCCACGUUGGCACCGGAUCUUUUCCUGGAAUCAACGCCAACAAUAACUUCCGUCAUCAUGUUCUUGAGUCCCCUCGUGUGGUUCUUGAUUCUCCGACAGACGUCGAAAGGAUGAGGCUCGAGGCAGCUGUCAGAGCACAGGCUCAGAUGAGGCACUUGUUGUAUUUACAGAACAACAAUAUUAAUAUGAAUGUUGUGAAUAAUUCGAGGUUUAUGUAUAAUGGUCAUGUCCCGAAUGCUAUGACAAACGGAUUUGAGGCUCCUGUGGUGAGGAUGAACCGGAACAAUGAUUAUGCUGGUUUUCUUGCUGCGAAUAACAAUGUAAUUAUGCGUGACAAUGGGAGGUAUAAUGUCGAUGAUCCGUUCAUGUUUAAUUAUCUGAUGAACAAUGGUGAUGGUAUUGUUAGUACUAACAAUGUUGUUAGCACUAAUAAUAAUUUUCGGGGUAAUAGGCCUUUGACUCUGCAGCGUGAACAGAUGUUGAGGUUUACGAGUAUGGAAGAAGUGAGGGGGAGUGUGUAUAAAUUGACGAAGGAUCAGGCGGGGUGUAAGUUCUUGGGGGAGAAGAUUCAGAAGGGGAAGCCAGAGGAUGUUGAGAUGAUUUUUGCGGAGAUUAAAGAUCAUGUGCGUGCUUUGAUGGUGGAUCAGAUUGGGAACUAUGUUAUUCAGAAGCUUUUCGAGUUUUGUAAUCAGGAGCAGAUGAAUAAGAUGCUUAUGUCUGUGAUUAGUGAUAGUCGCAGCCUGCUGUCUAUGUGCCUUGAUACUCAUGGAACUCGAGCUGUGCAGAAAAUGGUGGAAAAUCUGAAAACCCCAAAUCAGAUGUCUUUGUUUGUUUCUGUUUUGAAGCAAAUCACUCUGCCAUUGAUCAAAAGUGUAAAUGGUCAUCAUGUGAUCCAGAAUUGUCUUACGUUCUUUACUGAUAAAGAACAUAUCAAGCCUAUAUUAGAAGUUGUAGCUGAACAUUGUAUUGAGAUUGCGAUGGAUAAGAGUGGCUGUUGUGCAUUGCAACAUUGUGUUGGAUAUGCUGAGGGAGUGUAUAAAAAGCGCCUCGCAGAUCAAAUAACAUCGAAUGCAUUAGUCCUCGCAGAACAUGCUUUUGGGAAUUAUGUUGUGCAAUUUAUACUGGGGCUGGGGCUUCCACAAUAUACGACAGACAUUCUCAGACAGCUUGAAGGGAAUUUUGUUUAUCUUGCGAUGAAUAAGUAUGGCAGCAAUGUGGUUGAGAAAUGUUUGAAGGAGUCCACUGAGGAUCAGAUUUCUGAGAUUAUCAGCGAGCUUGUUUAUAGUAAAGACUUCCUGAUGCUUCUUCAAGAUCAGUAUGGGAACUAUGUGGCUCAAUCUGCAUUGGAGUUUGCUAAGGACAAACAGAAGGUUAUUCUGGUACAUGCGAUUCAGGAGCAUUAUCCAUUCAUCCACAGCCAUCCUCAUGGAAAACGCGUGCUUUCACGAGUGAAAGCAUUGAGCAAGAACCAUGCAUAACCCCUCCUGGCUCCUGCAAUUGCAAUAUAUAUAUCUAUACUAAGGUAGUAUGAUCUGUUUUCUAGUAAUCAGAACCUGGCUUUGUGUUUGACCUUAGGAUUGAGCUGUCUGUUAGAUGUAGCUUUGGUGUUGUUAAAACUGUGAUGUAACGCUAAAAUCUGUGGUGUGUAGUUUGUAGUUGUUGGAUGGCAUCUUAUUGUGUUCAUUAGUAACAAUGUAUUUGCGGGAUGCUUAUUAUAAAAUAGAACUAUAUUAGUGUC